AUGAAAAUUCUUAGAUCCGACGACUUAGAUACGGAAUACAGAAACAAUACCUUCGAGAAAUUCUUGAGAGACGAAGGAAUUGAACAUCAACUGUCGGUAGAAUACACCCCGGAACAGAACGACGCUGCCGAGCGUAAAAACAGGACGCUGGUAGAAAUGGCACGUUGCAUGAUUAGUCAAUCCGGGCUUCCUCCAACCUUUUGGGCUGAAGCAGAAGAAGGGCCAAACAUACCGGAAGGCGACAGUGAACAAAAUGUCGAAGAAAAUAUGCCGGAAGAAACUGAAGAUGAAGAUGAAGAUGAAGAUGAAGAUCCCGAAGAGGAACCUACGUAUGAGAGAGUCGAAGAGGACGGUAGAAACGAAAAUGCAAGCACGAUCAAUCUCGACGAUCCGAAAGAUGCUAGAGAAGCACUCGCAUCGACCGAUGCUGAGGAAUGGAAACAGGCCAUGUUGACUGAAUAUGAAGCUCUAUUGAAAAACAGCACAUGGACUGGACAGUAG